UCCAGCACUGGGGAGCCCGUGGGGGCUCACACUGUGCUGCACACACCCCCUGCCACGGGGACUGGCACAGAGCUUGGCACGGAGAUCACAACUCCUUCCUGCUCCGCUGCGGGUCCAUGACUGGAGCCAGCGCUGGGCUGAACCGGGCACACGGGUGCUGGGCAGCCCUGGGACACCACAGUGCACCAGAUGAGAGGACUCUGAUCACCAGUCUGCCAUCGUGCCCUGGCUAUGCCCCGUGCUGGACACUUCCCACCCCACAGCCCCUGGUGAGCGGGGAAGAAGCCUGAGCCUCCUCCAGGUCGGGUGACUCUGGCCUCCCUCGGCUGCCAUGGAUUGGAAAACGCUGCAGGCGCUGCUCAGCGGGGUCAACAAGUACUCCACAGCCUUCAGCCGCAUCUGGCUCUCCAUGGUCUUCGUCUUCCGUGUGCUGGUCUACGUGGUGGCGGCCGAGAAGGUCUGGGGCGAUGAGCAGAAGGACUUUGAUUGCAACACACGGCAGCCGGGCUGCACCAACGUGUGUUAUGACCACUUCUUCCCCAUCUCCCACAUCCGCCUCUGGGCCCUGCAGCUCAUCUUUGUCACUUGUCCUUCCCUCCUGGUCAUCAUGCACGUGGCCUACAGGGAGGACCGCGAGAGGAAGAACCGGGAGAAGAAUGGAGAGAAUUGCCCCAAGCUCUACAGCAACACGGGCAAGAAGCACGGCGGGCUGUGGUGGACCUACCUGUUCAGCCUCAUCUUCAAGCUUAUCAUAGAGAUCCUGUUCCUCUACCUCCUCCACAAGAUGUGGGACAGCUUCGAUUUGCCACGGCUGGUCAAGUGCUCCAACGUGGAUCCCUGUCCCAACACCGUGGACUGCUACAUCGCUCGGCCAACCGAGAAAAGGGUCUUCACCUAUUUCAUGGUCGGAGCCUCCUCCAUCUGCAUCGUCCUCACCGUCUGUGAGAUCUUCUACCUCAUCUUCAAGCGAGCUGUCCAGAGGGCAAGGAAAUGGAGGAAAUCCACCAAGCGCUCCGUCAGCUACAGCAAGGCCUCCACCUGCCACUGCCACAUCAAGUCAGAGGAGAAGGACAACAAGUCCCAGCCCAGAGGAGAAGAGCUGUGAGCUCACCCGUCCCAGCCAGCUCACAUUCCCCUCAACUUGGCUUUUCCAGCCUGCCAAAUCCUCAAACCCUCAAGAGUCGACCCGUGUGAAAAAUGACUAAACCCAGCAAAGUAACGUCCCUGGAGAGAGACCCGCGGGUGCCUGAGCAGACACAGGUAAGGCAAGGGCAGCCCUGGAGCUCUGCAGGUGGCAGUGCCACAAGCAUGGACAUCACAGCAGCACACAGAUCCUCUGUGUCCCGCAGCUUCUCUGGGGUCCUGCAGCUCUGCUGCUCCCAUGCUGGGUGUGAGUGCACCCAGCUGGUGCCCAGCCAGGGCUGGUGUCACCCAGAGCAUGCCAGUCCUCCCAGUUCACUGGGCCUCACACAUGCACUGCUUUCUUUUGUACCAAGAAACCAAAGGAAUUCUGGGCUCCGUGGCCAGAGCUCUCUUCAUGCACCCAAAGUAAUGACAAUGGACCAGGGCUCCAGUCUGUUGGCAACUGUUCUGCUGGCCCAGUUGGCCCAGUUUGCCAUUUCUCCCCCUUGGUUCACACAAGCACCAAGCCAUGUGCUGCCCAAAUGCCCUUGCUGGCUCUGCUGCUUCCCUUGGUGCCUCUGUGUCCCCCCUCACCUCAGAUGCACAUCACACACGGCACAAGCUACAGAUCCAAAAGGCCAAUGAAUGUCGUGUUUGGAGACACCAAGAUCUCCUCUGCACACUGGAAACCGUGGGACUGGUGAGGGCAGAAGACAUGGAUUUGCACAGGUUCCUCAGGAGCCCACAGCCAGGUCCUUCUCAUCCGCCUGAGCUGGGCUUUGGCUGAGCCCACAGCCGAGCUCACGUCCGCCCGUUCCGCCUCCUCCAGCUUGUCACGCGUCGUUAAACUUUAAUUCAGCAGAACCUCACGCUGGCCCCCAAGGAAAUCAAGGAGGGAUGAGCAUCAAUUAUUUACUAAACCUUGAUAAAUAUUACAAUAAAUAGAAAUGAUUUCCAUUUAAUCUC